AUGGAUUUCAAGAGAUUUAUCACGAAGGUCUCGAACAGACGAAAGCCUGGUAUUCUCCGGAAAUGGGCCAAGAUAUUCAUGGAAACCCCAAACGCGAUAAGCCUGGCAAACGGAAUGCCAAAUGACAAGACAUUUCCGUUCGAAGAGAUUUCUAUCAAGUACAAAGGGGGCCAUAAUAUCAAAUUAUCGGGGGAGGAUUUGCGUUGGUCCCUUCAAUAUGGACCAUCACAAGGAUAUUUACCACUGGUAAAGAAAAUGAGGGAUCUUCAGGAAUAUUGGCACAAGCCGAAGUAUAAUCAAUGGGACGUACUUGUUACACCUGGAUCGAUGGAGGGUUGCAGCAAGGUUUUCGAGAUGACAUUAGAAAUCGGAGAUCCUGUGAUGGUUCAAGUCCCGGCUUACAAUGGAACCCUAAACGCGCUAACACCAUUCAUGCCAGAGUUCCUCGAGAUUGCGCAAGACCAUGACGGAAUAAUCCCGGAUGAGAUCAUGAAAAUCUGCAAGGAACGAUCGCGAGAUGGUAAAUCAAUGCCAAAGAUAAUCUACGUAAAUCCAACGGGAGCCAACCCGACGGGCACGGUGCUAAGCGAGGAUCGAAGGAAGAGGAUCUACGAACUGGCUCGAACGUACGAUUUCUUAAUCGUCGAAGAUGAUCCAUACUGUUUCAUCCAUUUCCUAGCGAAACAGCCGACGUCGUUUCUCGAACUGGACACCGAAGGUCGAGUGAUACGUUUGGACUCGUUCAGCAAAACUCUUAGCGCUGGACUCCGAUUGGGCGUCGUCACGGCUCAUACGGACUUUAUAAAAAAAUUACUCUUACACAUGGAGACCACGUGCAUACACGCUUCAUCCAUGUCUCAGAUGUUGGUGUACAAAUUGUUGGACACGUGGAGCAUGCAGAAGCUGGAGCAGCACUUCGACGAUAUCCAAAGAUUCUAUCGCGAAAGACGAGACGUUAUGUUGGCUUCGAUCCAAAAGCAUCUAACGGGGUUGGCAGAGUGGGACAUUCCGGACGGCGGAAUGUUCGUUUGGAUAAAAGUGAACGGACUCGAUGACGUGAUGGAAUUGGCGACGAAGAACUGCGUCUCCCAUGGGAUAUUUCUUGUUCCUGGUCACGCGUUUAAUUGCGAUUUCGGGAAACCCGAUCAACAUCUACGACUCUGCUACAGCUAUGCAACCACAGAAGAAAUUGAAAAGGCGAUGUCGAUUCUGGCAAUGUUAAUACGCGAAGAGAUUAAAAAAAAAGUGGGAAAUAAACAACCGUACUAGCACAUACAGAAAUGUAUUUUUACAUCUAAAUGGGACGUACGGAUAUAUGACAUUUUAAAUAUUUUGUACAAGAA